AUGACUAAACUGUCUUUCUUUCUCUUAUUCUAUUUUUCUGUUGAACUUAGUUUCUUUCUUUCUUUCUUUCUUUCUUUCUUUCUUUCUUUCUUACCUCUCACUUGGUCUUUCUUUCUAAUCACUAAGGUUUCUUUCUUUCUUUCUUUCUUUCUUUCUUUCUUUCUUUCUUUCUUUCUUUCUUUCUUUCAUGCUCACCCCCUCAAACUGUUCCAAUUCUUUCAUUCUGUCUUUCUUUCUUUCUUACCUCUCGCUUGCUCUUUCUUUCUAAUCACUCACUUUUCGUUUUCUUUCUUUUUUACCUGUCGCUUCUUUCUUUCUUUCUUUCUUUCUUUCUUUUCUACAACUUUUCUUUCUUCAUUAUUUACUCCUGUCAUCUGUCUCUUUCUUUCUUGUUGUUUUUCUUUCUUACCUUUUCCCGUGUUCUAUCUUUAUUGCUAUCCUUUCCUGUUCUUUCUUUCUUUCUUUCUUUUUUCUUUCUUUUUUCUUUCUUUCUUUCUUUCUUUCUUUCUUAGGCACACUCCAAUCUCAAAAAUGAGAAAAGCUUACUUCUACAAUUUCGUCUCUCUCUUCAUCUUUGUUUUCUCUUUCACUCUCUUUCUCAUCUUUUUCUCUGACAGUCCUACCUUGGUAAGCAUAUUCCCCUUCAGAGAUUUUAUUACUCGUCUCUCUCACAUCAAAGCCAAGAACAAUUUUGAUCUCUCUUUUCCUUCAUACUCUACUAUCUCUUCUCCAUUCUUUUAUGUCCUUCGUCAAUGUCUUCUUACUUCCGAGUUAGUCUCUUUUCGUUCUCUUUAUUCGUUUAGUAGAGGUUUCCAUACAUUUUUUUCCUUCAUUGAUACAAUUCUUCGUUUUCUUUUAUUCUUCUAUUUUUUCUUUCCGUUCUUUUUUACACUCUUUUUGAGUUCUUCUUUUCAUUCCAACUUGUCUUGUUUUUUUUUGUUGUUUGUCGUUUCUUCUUACUUUGGAUUUUGUUCCCCUUUUUGCUUUCUUUCUUUCUUUUUUAAACGUUCUUUCUUUCUUUCUUUCUUUCCCCUUUUUAAAAUGUUCUUUCACCGUUCGAAUUUAUUUCUUCGAUCGACUGAAGCCGCCUCAAUUUUUCAGAUAAUUGAUUACAAUUUUCUUUUCUUUCUUUCUCUCUUUCUUUCUUUCUUUCUUUCUUUCUUUCUUUCUUUCUAUGCUUGUUCUUUCUUUCUUUCUUUCUUUCUUUCUUUCUCCGUUCGAAUUCAUUUCUUCCUUCGACUGAAACCUUUUUUCUUUUAUGUCUCUCACUACUACGAAUUCUCCUCCUCUUUGUCGAUUUUUUUUUUACCUCAUUUGCUUGUAAUUCACAUCUCUAUUUAG